ACGUUACGAAAAUUAAAAACCAGUACUGCACUUUGUCCUUCCAUUUACGGUCAACCCAAGGCACACAAACCCAAUCUGCCUCUACGUCCUGUUGUGCCUAACAUAACCGCCCCAACAUACAACUUAGCGAAGUACAUAGCAGUGAUUUUGAAACAGAGCUUCAACAGUAAAUAUAACAUUGCCGAUAGUUUUGAAUUUUCGAAGUAUAUAAACAUGAUAACAAUACCAAAAGACUAUAUUUUGGUUUCGUUCGACGUAGUAUCGCUUUUCACGAACAUUCCAAAGAACUUAGUCAUCAACAACAUAAUCAUGAACUGGCCUAGCAUCAAAACAGCAACAAAUAUUAACUUGGAUUUAUUCAUAGAGAUGGUUGAAUUCUGUCUUAACAACAGUUAUUUCCGCUUUCGAGAAAAAAUUUAUCUACAGACGUUUGGAACCGCCAUGGGUAGUCCGCUAUCACCAAUAUUAGCUGACAUUGUCAUGGAAACCCUCAUCGAAACAGUAAUUAAAAAUGUACCGUUUAAAAUACCGGUGCUCCGCAAAUAUGUUGACGAUUUAAUUCUAUCGUUACCUCACGAUCAAGUCCAAUACACAUUACAAAAAUUCAACAGCUAUAAUGAACACAUCCAAUUUACCGUAGAAGUAGAAUCAGAACAAAAACUACCCUUUCUGGACACUUUACUAAUACGAAAUGAAGAUCAAACCAUAAGCACACAGUGGUAUUCAAAACCUAUUGCAUCUGGAAGAUUGUUGAACUAUCACUCGUUUCAUCCAAUGACAAUGAAAAUUAAUGUAGCCUUAAAUCUCAUAAAACGAGUUACCGCUUUAACUACAAACAAAUCAGCAGAUCAACAAAAACAUAUCAUAUACCAACAUCUGAAGCAAAAUGAUUAUCCAUCAUCACUCAUAAACAGGCUUAUCAACAAUUUUCACACAAAGCAGCCUCACAAUAACACACAACCAUCAAAUUUAGUUGCUAAAGCACAGACCAAUAUAACCCAGGAGACAGAAACUGAAAUCACCGAUAAAACCGCUAUGCCAACCAACGAUAUGCAACAACAAAUUCACUAUAGAUCCAUACCAUUCAUACCCAUUCUCAGCAAACAAAUUACAAAAGCACUAAAACCGGACUUCCCAACAACAAAACUGAGCCAUAGACCGAUUAAAACAACACGAUCCCUACUCCGACCGAUUAAAGAUCCUGUUGAUCCAUUUAAACAAUCAAACGUCAUCUAUAGCAUUCCCUGUAAUGACUGUGAAAAUGCAUACAUUGGAAUGACAACCAAUCAACUGAAAACCAGACUCAGUGGUCAUCGAUCCAACAUUAAUCAAUUUUUAAAAUUAACUGAAAAUCCACCACCACACGCAGAUGAAGAAAUAUCAAGGCUAAAAGAAAAAACAGCACUCAUUCAUCACACCAUCAAUGAAGGACACAAUUUUGCAUUGGAGAAAACAAAGAUUAUAGAUCGUUCAUUGCGAUCUACAGCUUUGCCUCUGUUGGAAAUGUGUCAUAUUUCCAAUACUACCAAAACAGUUAAUCAUCGCACCGAUGUACAAGGCCUCAACACCACUUACGCUGGUAUUCUACAUGCUAUCAAAUCCAUCAAAUACGAUAAGAAAUGAAAGCUCUCCGAUAAACACCAAUACUACCGUACUCUACACAGCACUUUGCUGAGCUUUUUCAACGAUAACGUUACUUAAUAACGUUGAUAAGCUCAUUGUUUUUGAUCACCAUGAUGAAAACUUCAGAAUAGUCGUUAAACUAAGUAGUUGUGACACUGUACGUGAUUUAUGCAAGCAAAAUAUUUGUUAUGCAGUCAAUAGUAAGAAUUGUUUUUAAAUAACUUUUGAUUCAGUUUUUAAGUAAAUGACCAUUUUCUCGUAGUAUUUUAAAGCAUGUUCUAAAAUUGACCAGACAACGUAGCGUCAGACAUCGACAAAUUUUGACUAUAAACGAUAGACUUUAGUAAGUUUUUACAUUGUAUUAUUUGUUCAACGCUCUAUGUUUUUGUCAAUGUAACACAAUAAAUUUUCCAGUUUUCCUUGAAAAAGGCCUACAUCAAAGGCCGAAACGUCGGACAGUAAACAACAUUCGUUUGUAUUAUAAGACUGAGACAGCCGUUUUACAGUUUUCCACGAUUAUCACCCCAGUCGAA